AUGGGCGCCAUCGGCGCUGUGAGGCGAGUGAGCGGCGGGCGUCACGGACUGGCGGAGAGGUCAGCACGGAGGCUCUGCCUCGGGAAGCGUGUAACGGGAGGGCAGUAUCGUUAUUUUGGAGGGCGGGUGGGGACUGCGGAGGGAAGAAGGGCCAGGAAAAGCUGCGAGCCUGCGACAGUUGUCGGAAGCCGCGCCGGGGGAGAGGAGGUUGAGUGGCCGCCGCGAGGGUUCUGCUACGCCUCCUCCAGGAGCAGCCCGAUUCUCGAAGCCCAAGUUCAGCGAGUCCUUCUACGGUUGGACUCCCGAGGAGCCGCAGCUCCAGAGCACGAGAUCCACCUCGAAGAGUGCGGGAACAAUAACCACGUCGACCCCUCCCCCACCUUCCGCCGCUCCUGCCGCGAUGGCAUCUGCGGCUCCUGCGUCAUGAACAUCGACGGCGACAACGGCCUUGUCUCCUUCACCGAGAUCCCGUCCUUCUGCCGCGUAACAUAUAUGGCCAGUAGCCCAGUCCAAGAGCGUGGAGUCGUGGUUCAAGAUAGCACGAAGGAUCGGGCGAAGCUGGACGGGAUGUGCGAGUCUAUCCUCUGCGCCUGCUGCAGCACCUCCUAUCCCAGCUAUUCGUGGAAUCCUGAAACCUAUCGCGGGCCCGCGGCCCUCCUCCAUUCCAACAGGUCUAAAGUCAUAAGCAGCAUUAGUGUGAACUCUACAUUUGCACUGGGCCAAAAAGAAGGAUCUUGUUGCAAGGAAUUCCUUCAGGCAUCCAGCUCGAAAGAGGAAAGUUAACUAGCUUAUGAUUUUAGUGUAGGAUAUGUAGGUUUUGGGAUCUUAUUGUUUGCAUCUGCAGAGCUGUAGACUAGACAGUACCUUCAUGAAAAGCUUUGGUAGAAGUAUUGGGUUUUCCAUCUUAGCGGAUCAUAUGGUACCCGUGAUACAUUGCUUUAAUCGACGAUUGCAGCAUUUAAACUCAAAGAGACUAGGUUGAUUGCUUCUUUGCCAGCUCUUGAUUGUAAGAAAUCCGAUAUAUCUGCUUUUUGAGUUCCAUCCUCCACAUCUAUGGUUUGUUAUUUUGUUGGUCCUUGUUCCAAUUAAAAGCUGAAUUUUCUGGUGGAAGAAGUGGCAUAUAAGUGACUGGGUUGGAUUGUAUUCAUUAAAUUAAUGGAGUUAACCUAGAAAUCUUGUUCCAUAAAUUGUUCUGGAUAUGAUUUGCUGUAUAAAUGUUUGUGCACCAUUGUAU